AUGGCAGAAGACUGUGGGAGUGGAUGCGGAGACGUGCUCUCCUGGACUGACUUCACCACAUCUGAUCUGUACAAUGUUAACACUCAAGAUAUAUAUUGUGAUGUUGUCCCGUCUACCGAACUGCCUGACAUGGCAUCGAGUAGUCCAAUUGUGAAUGAUAACGUAUCAGCCAAGGAGACGUUGUAUAUAACCUCGAAUAAUACGCAUGGAAGUAUCGCUGCAUCAUCAAGCAAAACAUACAGUAUAUCAACGUCAACUGCAAGUCCGGACAUCACUGAACCAACCACAAAUUCAUCAUAUAUACAAAAGACGAGUCCAGUAGACAUGACCACGGUGGGCUAUAGUGACCCUUCUAAAAGCAAAACUGACAUAGAAGAAACCAGUUCCAGUGCUUCUCCAGGUGCAUUGACAACAGCAAGACCAGACAUGCAACAAACAAGUUUAAAUAUGGGCGUCAUUUUAUCAAGCACUGUUAGAUAUGGCGAACCAGAAUUCAGUUCAAGUGUGAAAGUCAUUGCGUCCACCACAGGAAGACCAGACACAAUAUCGAGUAUGGGCACCACAACAUCAACAACAGUAGGACCAGAUAUAUCGGAUGCAAAUACCGGUGGCAUCAUUGCUUCAACCACAAACAGACCUGACAUAUCAAGCGAGGUGUCAAGUCGCAGCAUGAAUACGCCGGCAAUGGUACAACCAAACAUAUCAGACACAAUUUCAACAAAACAACUCUAUAUAUCACACGCAAUUUCAAGCGUGGACAUAACUAAAAUUGGCUUCACUGCAUCAUCAACACGGAGCCAAGGCAUACGAGAAGCAAGUUCAAGUGAAAGCAUCUUCCCAUCAACAUCAAGAAGGUCUGACAUACUAGAAAUAAGUUCAAGUGAGGGCUUCGCUGCGUCAACUUCAGGAAUACCUGAUACAUCGUCAAACAAGCCAGACAUACCAGACGCAAAUGUGAACAUCACUGCAUUAGCACCAGAAAGUCCUGACACACCAGAAAUCAGUUCAAGUGAGGGCAUCAUCACAUUAACCUCUAGAAGCCCAGACAUGCCAGACACAAGUUCAAAACAAGGCAUUGUUGUAUCAACGUCGGCAAGACCCGUCGUUCCAGAAAUCGGUAUCGCAUCAACAUCAAAAUGGCAGGAUAUAUCAGACACAAGUUCAAAUAAAGGCAGUAUUGCGUUAACGUCAGAAAGACCUGACGUACCAGAAAUCACUUCCAGUGUAGGCAUCAUUACAUCCACAUCAAGUCCUGAUGUACAAGUGAUAAGUUCAAGUGUCGUUACCCCUGCAUCAGCAACAGCAAGGCCAGAUAUACCACAAGAAGGUUUAAGUACACGCAUUUCUCCAUCAACCACUAUCACUUCUAAAUUUACAGAGACAAGUACAGGUAUUGAGCAUGGAGAAUCAAGCUUAAGUGCGUCUUACAUUCCUGCGGAGAUUUCUAGGACAAUUCCAAGAACUUUAACUGCAAGUACUUACAGUAAAACGCUGACGAGUAUACCACCAGAAUACAAAUCACGCUCACAAUCAUACACCACGGUACGCAGGAGCACUGAAGAAGUAUCAACUGAAAACAAAGUGAUACAACCAAAGCAAACAUCUGCUACCCCAGGUUCCUGUGACGAUGCCGAAUAUAGUCAAACGUCGUUUGUCUUCCGACCUAUCACAGACACAGGCAGCUACGUCAGGCAUUACUUGUUACAGGGCAGGGAGUUCACCCAAUUCACUUUAUGCCUAUGGAUAAAGCUAAACAGUCUGAGUGAGCUGAGAACCCUUGUACGAUACGAAACAGUCAUGCACACGAACGAGAUUGUGAUUAAUGUUGGCACGAUCAGUCAAAUCACCGGAGUAUCUUUAAUAAUAUCAGAUAAUAUAGAAAUUCUCCGAGAAGUCCCCUUACAACUAAACAAAUGGCAGCACGUGUGCAUCGAAUGGGAUUCACUUGGUUCUUCAGGAGUGCUAAAGAUUUUUCUUAAUUACGCAACUGUUUACACGAUGUCAAUACCAGUAGCCGAUGUAGUCAUUCCGGGAACUGGCUUCUUCACGCUUGGAGAUAUAGAACACAGCUUUGUUGGGGAAAUUGCCUUUCUUAACAUGUGGUCGCGUGUAUUGACCGGAAAUGAAAUACGUGAUCUAGCUAAAGAUGGUGCCAAUGGCUGUGGAGAUAUCAUUUCGUGGUCAGACUUUAAGGACUCCAUAUUUUUUAAUGUUGACUUCGGCGAAUUCAAAGAUAUCGCUUCUGAUUUGCCAACUACGCUAGGUCGUGUUGAAACAUCCGUACCCAGCAUUGGAGUCGAGUAUACUUCAGCAGUAAUGCCAACGUCAAAGACGGUCCUCCUAGAGACAAUCAUUAACAGUCGACAAACUGGUGAAUCAAGUUCUCUGCUAAACACUGAACAGACCGCUGUGACGACGCAACCAGUUAAUUCAGGAAGCCCAUUUUCAACUGUUACUACUAGCCAAACAACUGUGCCGUCAUCAUCAAAAGUGUCUACAGAACGUGUACCAAUAGAGCUUAUCGGCGGUGGACGGCGUACACACAACUCACUUACUGUGUUAUCAACGAAGCGUAGGAAGGGUGUUACACUCAUGUGUAUUUUUAGCAACAUUCCCAAUCAAGAUCGGUCCUAUACUCAGCAGCAAUUGUUUGGUUACGAGUACGUUGCAUCGCUUCCAACGUUUUCCUGGGGAUAUUACAGGAAUCGUUAUGGCAUCCAGGCGUACACCACCACACCAAUGUUUGUAAAACUUGUAAAUUACCAGUAA